AUGCGCGAUGUUGUCCUUGUCAAGCAGAGCUACCCGCGGUACGUCGGGGACGGCCUCGGGCCCAUGUACACGCGGCUCGAUGACGACGACGUCUACAACUGGACGGCCACGCCCGUGAUCGGCCAGAUCCCGCAAGUGCCGAAGACGUACGCGUACCUCGACGGCGUCUACGGCGUCAUGAACGAGCACCAAGUGGCGCUCGGCGAGAGCACGUGCGGCGCGCGGCUGUGGGCCAAGCCGCUUUCGCAGGGCGGCAACGCGCUCUUCGACAUUGUCGAGCUCUCGCGCGUCGCGAUGGAGCGCGCGCGCACGGCCCGCGAGGCCAUCACGUCGGGCGAGACACUCACGGUGACCGACACGACCGAGGCGUGGAUCUUCCACAUUCUGCCCGAUGACACGGGCGCGUCGGCGGUCUGGGCCGCGCAGCGCGUGCCGGCGACCGAGAUGGCCGUUGUCGCCAACCAGUUUGUCAUUCGGUCGAUCGACGUCCGCGACAGCGCCAACUACCUCGCGUCCACCAACCUCUUUGACGUGGCGAAGCGCAACGGCUUCUGGGACGGCGACGACGUCGAGGACUUUGACUUUACCGCAUCGUACGCGAUGGUCCGCGAGCACCCGAACCAGUAUUACUCGACCCGGCGCGUCUGGCGCGUCUUCACGCUCGCGAACCCGAGCCUCGCCCUCUCGCCGACCACCGACGUGUUUGCCUCCGACUAUCCGUUCUCGACGCGGCCGGCCGCGCUGCUCGGCCCCGCCGACCUCAUGCGGUUCCAGCGCGACCACUACGAAGGCACGGCGUUCGACUUGACGACCGACAAGGCGUCCGGUCCAUACGGCAACCCCGACCGUUACUCCACCGGAUCGGCCGGCGCCGACGGGCAAUUCGAGCGCGCCAUCUCGCUCUUCCGAACGGCGUACUCAUACGUGACACAGGCGAGCGUGCUGGACCCUCGCCUCGGCGUCGUCUGGUUUGGCCAUUACGCGCCGCACGCAACGACGUAUGUGCCGAUCUAUGCGCGUGUGGAGGCGACGCCCAACGCCACCGCGCGCGGGUCCCUUCGGCGCUUUGACAAUCGCACGCUGUUUUGGGCCAACGCGCUUCUUGGCAACUAUGGUGGCCUCUUUUACAAGCUGACGUCGCCCGUCAUUCGCGCAGCCAGCGGCGCGUACGAAGCCGCCGCGCUCGCCGCCCAUGCUGCGGUGGCGGCGCAUGUCGCAACGCUGAGUGACGCGGACGCCGUCACGUACUUGACGCAGACCAGCGCAGACGCGGCGGCCCGUGCGUUGGCGUCCGCGACCGCGCUCUUUGCGACGCUCGUGACGCGCUUCCACGACGGCUACGUCGUCUCCAACACGACGGCUGACGAGAUGGGCAUCGCGCCGAUGGGGUACCCCCAGUGGUGGCUGCGCAGCGCUGGCUACGACUACAACGACGGCAACGAAAUUCAGGUCGUUGCCGGCGCGCUCAUGGGCGCUGCGCUCAUGAUUGUCGUGCUGGGCGUCGCCGCGGGCUUUGCUGUCGGACGCUACAUUGCGCUCAAGCAGCCGUCCAUCCAGAGAGUCAAGGCCUGAUAUACUAGGUUUAUUACAUGUUUAAAACCGCUUUCGAUGACGUCCUCUGGACUGUUUG